AAUGAGCCACACGCGCACCACAGCUGUCAUCGCCGCGUGCAUGUGAGGUCGUCGUGACAGGUAACGCACCAAACUGCACUGCCGCAUCAUUCUGUGCCCAACCGUGUACACUCGAAAGCGGUAGUAGCGGUAGCUUGUUGUUUGAUACAUUUCCGUGCCCAGAGUUUGUGUUUUUUCGGAUGCCAUAAAAUGCUGUUUCACAAUACAUUACAAAUGUUUUGCGCAGAAGCUUGAUAAGAAUGUGUGAAGUGUUCUUGGUGUUCUGCGUAGUGCGUCGGUGCAUUGGCUUUGAAGCAGUGUGUUGCUCAAGCGUCCCAAGCGGUGCUGGUGAAACUGGAAGGUUGUGAAGGUCCCUCCAAGAUGUUCAGUGUCCGAUAAGCAGUGAUAAGCACGCAAUGCUACUGGGGACAGUAUUGGCGAAGCAGUGGCAAUUCUGUCCAUCAUGUGAUUUGUGCAGAUAUACAUCGGCAAAUACUGCAAAGGGGUCUUACUGUCGUGGCCAACUAGAUGAGAUUGUCUCUAGAUGGCCGACUAGAUGAGAAGAUCCAAUGAAUCAGUUUCGCUUGUGAAGAAGUGCCUCUUGCUACAUAAGCUGCAUUCAAGUGCGUGUUCUUAAAGUGUACAGUGAACCCAAGCGAUGUGUUUUGCUUUUUCGUUAGAAAUUCAUCUCAGCAUCUUAACAUUACGUACGUGGAAUGGUAAACAAUUGAAGAUUUCUCUGGCCAUACACACGCCACACAGUCCAGGGCGCUCGUAAACGAUCACGCGCCGUUCAGUUUCAAUUGCAGUGUUUGAGAGCCGUUGGUGGAGGUCAUUAAAUUUGCAUUAAACUGCAGUCCAGGAGCAGGGUGGUGCGUUCAAAUGCAGCUUGUCUGUUGUGGCUAGAGCGGCAACACAUUCCCGUGCCGUUUGCAAAGGAGGCAUUCGAAACAGAUCGACACGAGCGGUUGGGGCACACAAACUGAUCCCAGACACACGAUUGGCGCACGAUUGGUUCGAUUCGAAUCGAAGUGAAUUGAACAAGACAAGAACCAGCGCCUCACGAGCCCUCAGGUCGUCACGCUCAACGGUCGCCCAUGCUAAGUGGAUCAUCUUGCGGGACAUGGCUUUGAUUUGAUUACGGCGGUGUACAUUAAUAAGGCUAAAAGGAGACGUACAAAGAUGGGUAAAACCACCAGCAAACUGGAUAAACGACGCUCGCAGACACAUGUGCCCGCUAUCGUGUUUGUGCGUGACCGUGUCCCGUGUUUAGUGGGUGAAUUCUUUCGAUUGGGAAGUGUCGGAAUCUUGUCGUAUCCCCUCAAAAAAGCGCAAAAGAACACUAACACCGUUACGAAAAUGUCACUGUUCCGCUCACAAAGUGUGCUUUCCGCUUUCGAAGGCAUUUCCUGGAGCUACAAGUUCGGUACGGCCAGCCGCCGGAAGAAGCAUGCCGCCCUGGUUAUCACCUCGCUGCCGCACAUGGAGCUGGGCGAAUGGUUGCAGCGGCUCGAUCUGGCCGAGUACGGUGAUAAAUUCCGUUCGUUUAAGGGUGUGGAGGAGCUGCUGUUUCUUAGCGAGUCGGACAUCAAGAAGCUCGGCAUACGGAACAACGCGCACCGGGCCCGAAUCGUCAGCAGUUUGGUGGCGCUGCGGGAGAAGCUAGUGCAAGAAUCGCACGCGAAGACGGCGCAGCGGAAUGGAGCGGACGAUCAGCAGAAAAGGGCCCAGCUGCGGCACAGCGUGGCGGUGGAUGGGUCGCGCAGUGCCAAAACGGCCAGCACUGCCACGGAGCAGGAUAGCAUCUAUGAAUGUCUGACGCCAGCAAACACCAAGCAGAGUAAGAGCUGUGGCGAUUUGUUAGAUAUGGAAACGACACCGGACGGCGGAAAUGAAGCCGUAGCACUGAAGAAAGCGCUCGAAUGGGAGCUGUCGCUAGAUUCGCGGGACCUUCGAUCGCACGCCUGGUACCAUGGUCCCAUACCACGGCAGCGGGCGGAAGAGAUCGUCCAGAAGGAGGGAGACUUCCUGGUGCGCGACUGUGUUUCGCAGCCGGGCAACUAUGUGCUUACGUGCCGAACCAAGGGACCGACGCUGCACUUCGUGAUCAAUAAGCUGCUGCUCCAACCGGAAACCGUAUACGAGCGCGUGCAGUAUCAGUUCGAGGACGAUGCCUACGAUACAGUUCCUGAUUUGAUUACCUUCUACGUAGGCUCGGGAAAAUCCAUAUCGGUCGCAUCGGGUGCGAGAAUUCAAUUUCCGUGCAACCGAACGUACCCGCUCUCGUUCUACGCGGGCAAGUGUCCACAGAAUGCGGCCGGCAUGGCGGGCAUCCGUGGGCCGAGCCCGCUCAACUCUCCCUCACCCGUACCGUCGUCACCGGGCUUUAGGUAUAAUCCGUACACGCAGCAGACAAGCUCCUACCGCAGCCCAAUGUCAUCGCCGCCCCGCACCAAGCGAGAAACGCCGCCCCGGUUGCCAAGCAAAAAGCAACGCUCGCAGUCCCUCACGCCCCUUCACGGUGCGGCGGGCGGUCAGCAACGGUACAGCAGUGCGGACGGUGUGAUCGGGGGUAACGGGGGCGCAUCGGACGGUGGCAGUAAGUCAAGCAAACCAUCGCGACUUGCCGAAACGCCGGAAAAGUGCAACAGUGCGGACGGUGUCAUCCACAACAGUGAGUCUGGCGCAGGUGCCAGGCCGUCAGAGGAGAAGUGCUCGAGUGCGGAUGGUGUGGUAAAGUCACAGACGCUUACCCGGCCCUGCUCAACCGACCCGAAUGGGUUGGCGUCGCUGAAGGGUUCCCAGUCGUCGCUGCCCCGGUCGGCCAGUUUGCGGUCGUCCCAGGGCAAGCUAAGCUCGCGGGCGUCCAGCAUCAACAAGGAACCGAGCGAACACUCGCUCAGUCCGUGCCUGGAGCAGAAAGCGUUCGCUGAGGAUGAGGAACAACCGCCAAGUCCACCGCCGAAACCGAUACGCGGUGGCGCCGGUGGAACACUGCAAAGGCGUGACUCGAUGAAAGACUCCGACUCAGGGUCGGUGCAGGGUAGUGGAACGCAUGGUGGACGGGGUGGCAUGACUUCGUACCAUCCCAGUGGUUCCGAUUCGGGCAAUGGGUCGGGCGAUUCAGCUCAAAGCUCUGCCACAGGGGAGGAGCUGGCUCCUCCAGUUGCCCGUGGCGUUGGUGGCGUAGUGCUCCGGAAUCCACGUUUUAUACCCACGUCCUUGUCGUCGGUAACGUUACGUUCACACGCGGAAAUUGAUCCUGUUGCGGCAGAAGAAGCCCUACUUGCCAUGCAGAUCCCGACGUACGAGCAGGUGUCCCGGUACGAUCUGGAAAACUUCAACACACUGCUGCUACCGUUCUGUGACUGCAAACCGCUGGACAGUGGUACGCUCAACACGGUCCGGAUGAUGCUGUGUGAGUCGGGGCCGCGCGUCAUCGCGAACCAUCUGACGCGGGUGGACAUUGGAUUGAUAUUGGAAAAAGACGAAAGCCGCAAGGAUGAUCCAUUGAGCUGUACCGGGUUGGAGCUGAUCACGCUGGAGCAGGGCAAGCAGUACCGGUUGGACCUGAUCGAGCGGACGGAGUGUAUGAAGCUGCUCGUCGCCGUUACCAUCCUCACCUGCCAGAGCGAUCUCGAGCGGGCGGAAACGCUCAACAAGUGGAUCCAGAUAGCGGUCGAGACGAAAACUGCCUUGGGUAAUCUGUUCGGCUUUAGUGCCAUCAUGCUGGGCCUCUCGAUGCCGCAGAUUCAAAAGCUCGAAUCAACCUGGCACACGCUGCGCCAAAAGUUCACCGAUAGUGCAUUCAACUUCGAGGCGAAGCUGCGGCCGACGCUGAACAGCAUGAAUGACUGCUCCAAUCCCCAGGCACCGAACACGACCAUCCCGCACAUACUGCCGUACGUGCUGGUGAAGGAUCGCACCAUUAACGAUGUGUUUGCAAACACGCCGAGUCCCUGCCCGACUCUGAUCGCAUCGUGCGUUACGCCCUGGGAAACCAUUACGCAAGACUUUGGCUUUUCCGUGCUGUUCGCUCACCUGGACGCAGCGCGCAGCUUUAUUAACAACAUUUCACUCUACAAAAAGAACGCACAAACGAUCAUGCAGGACACGAGCCGACUGGAUCCGCUGAUGGAGGACGCAUUCAAGACUGAGUUUCAGAUGAAAUUCCUGUGGGGCAGCAAGGGCGCACUGGUGCCGGCCGAGGAGCGUCACGCCAAGUUUGAACACGUGCUCACGGUAAUGGCGGAAAAGUUCUGCGGUGAUCCUUCAGCCGGUUAAGCCUAACAGUGCCACCACAAACAGAUAGAGCAACACACGUUAGAGGAGUGUGAAUAGUACUAUUACUACCAUCUACACUACUUUUCAUCUCAUUCUCUCUUGACUCCAUCUCCACACACCAUGCUCUACCCAUACUAUCUACUACGAUUUAGUAUUUCUUCCACGAUCCAUCAUCUCUAUCGACUUCUUGCUAGUGGAAUUGAGCGGUUAGCGGUCUACUCAUUUGUAUGUACGAUAUAUUUAUAAUAACUACUAAAUUUAGCGACGGAAAAAAGAUGAUAAAACGUAAAGUUUACCGAUUAGCGACAAAAAACGAACCGUAGUUCCAUUCUACUUCACACAAUACUCAAAUUGAUAGACAAUUUGCAACCAUUUUUUUUGGCGAAGAAGAACAGUAUAUUU